AUGUUGGCUCGCACUAUCCAAAAAUUCUCUGCUGUCGCUCAACCGGAUUCGCUGCCGCAGCCGCUGCUCCAGUCAAGAACGCCAACCCAGAUGAGCUCCGCCUCACUUUUGCCUCUCCAGACACCCAACGCUGUCGUCAAGCAGGUUGAUGUCCCAACAUUGGCUGGUAUGGUUGGUGUGCUCGCUAACCACGUCCCAACCAUCGGAGUUUUGAAGCCAGGAGUUGUCACUGUCACCACUAACGAGGGAACUGUUCAACGUCUUUUUGUUUCCUCUGGAACCCUUUCUGUAAACAUCGAUGGAUCAUGCCAAGUCCUUGCUGAAGAAGUUUUGAAAGUUGAAGAGAUCGAUGAGUCAGCUGCCCGUGCUGAACUCGAUGCUGCCCAGAGAGCCUCCGGAGAAGGAAGCGAGGUUGCCCGCGCUGAAGCUCAAAUUCGGGCCGAGGUCGCUGAAGCUUUGAUCAAGGCCGCCACGAACCAGCAGUAA